AUGUCCGCCUUCGCAGAUGGGACGGCAGGCCAACGCGCUCGUGGUGGCGGAAAGCGCAACGGCGGCAGGGCUGCCGCGGCCAAGGGCGGUCCCUCGGGCAGGCAGUCACAGGAUGCGGAUGGAGGCGACGAGGGGGAUCAUGCCGAGCCAGAAGCUCGUGGUGGCGGAAAGCGCAACGGCGGCAGGGCUGCCGCGGCCAAGGGCGGUCCCUCGGGCUUGCAAGAUGCGGAUGGGGGCGACGAGGGGGAUCAUGCCGAGCCGGUCACUACCCGUGGUGGCGGAAAGCGCAACGGCGGCAGGGCUGCCGCGGCUAAGGCCGAUCCCUCGGGCAGGCCGGCGCAGGAUGCGGAUGGAGGCGACGAGGGGGAUCAUGCCGAGCCGGAAGCUCGUGGUGGCGGAAAGCGCACCGGCGGCAGGGCUGCCGCGACCAAGGGCGGUCCCUCGGGCUCGCAGGAUGCGGAUGGUGGCGACGAGAAGGAUCAUGCCGAGCCGGAAGCUCGUGGUGGCGGCAUGCGCAACGGCGGCAGGGCUGCCGCGGCUAAGGGCGGUCCCUCGGGCAGGCAGUCGCAGGAUGCAGAUGGUGGCGACGAGAAGGAUCAUGCCGAGCCGGAAGCUCGUGGUGGCGGCAUGCGCAACGGCGGCAGGGCUGCCGCGGCUAAGGCCGAUCCCUCGGGCAGGCCGGCGCAGGAUGCGGAUGGAGGCGACGAGGGGGAUCAUGCCGAGCCGGAAGCUCGUGGUGGCGGCAUGCGCAACGGCGGUAGGGCUGCCGCGGCCAAGGGCAGUCCCUCGGGCUCGCAGGAUGCGGACGGUGGCGACGAGAAGGAUCAUGCCGAGCCGGAAGCUCGUGGUGGCGGCAUGCGCAACGGCGGCAGGGCUGCCGCGGCUAAGGGCGGUCCCUCGGGCAGGCAGUCGCAGGAUGCGGAUGGUGGCGACGAGAAGGAUCAUGCCGUGCCUGCAUGCCGUGGCGUUAACGAUCAUGAUGAGGACGAGCCAGCAGCAGUGACUGAUGGGAAAGGUGGACGUGAAGAUGUGAUUCCGUACCAACGGCGCAAGGCUGUGGAUCCGGGCAGUUGCGACCAUAAGGCGAGACAAGCUCGGCACGGCCCCAAUGUGCACGUUUCGAGCUCGUCUGGUUCCGAGGAAGAUUCGAGCGACAGUGAGUCGGGCAGCUCAUCCGGGAGUGAGGAGGUAUACGAGGACGAGGAUGAGGAGGAGGAGGACGAGGAUGAUGAGGAGUUGGAGCCAGAGAGCGAGGAUGGGGAGGAGGCUCGGCCUUUGAAGAGGAGGAGUGUGCGGAAGCUCAAGAAGGGCAACGCUAAGCAAAAAUCGGAGAGGGGACGGCAAGGUGAAGCGGGAGUUGAGUCCAUGGGGAUACUAUGUCCAUCAAGCUCUCAUGAUCGGCAAGCCGCGGACCCGUACGCUGCGUUACGCGAUCCGAUGGGUUCGGCUGGGAAGGGAGAUUCGAUGGCUUGGGGGUCAGCGCGGUUUGGCAGGGAAGCGACGGACCCGCCCCCCAACCAUAUGGGGGGUCACGCGGUUCAUGUGAAAAACGAGGGGGCAACGAAGCGGCACGAACCCUCGGCAGCUGCGGCAGCGAAUGACGGUGUGGGAGGAGGUGUGUGGGCGAAUGCCUUGGGUGAAUGUGGCGGCGGUGUGGAAGGCUCCAUGUGGGAUGUACGGGAGAGCAGGGGAGAAGGGGGGGACGAGAAAAUGGAUCCGGCGACUAAGGAGGGGAGGGGAGAGAGCAUGGGCACACCUGGCGCAUCCAGUCGGCCGGAUGUGGCUGGCAGCAGGACUGUGGAGCAGCUCAUGCGAGAGCUUGCCCAGCGGGAUCGCGAAAUCGCUGCACUCAAGGCAAGGCCAGGAUCAGAAGGACCUGUCAAGCCCUGCACCCCUCCAUCUAGGCCUCCUCCUCUAGCGUCUCUGUCGAGCGGCCCAUCUGUAGGGGGCCUCGAUCCAGGCGUGGCGCCAAAAAGCCCAGCGACGGUAGACGUACCAGUCCGUCGAACGCGUGGGAUGCCCACACCCAAGCUGCUGAAGUUAUCCAUCCUCCAUUGGCCCCUCUCUCCCAUCCCUUCCCACCCUAAACCAGAGCCCCUGUUCAUGGUGCUGGUGCUGGUGUGGGUGGCACGCGGCGCAAGGAUAGCUCAUUGUAGCAGUUAUCCUUCCUAUCCCUCCCCCCUCUCUCCCAUCCCUCGCCUAGCUCUUCCAGAGCCCCUGUUCCUGGUGCUGGUGGUGGUGUGGGUGUCAUGCGGCGGAGGGAUAGCUAAGAAUAGCAGUUAUCCUUCAUCUCACUUCCCUCUCUCUCCCAUCCCUCCCCUCCCUCUGCGAGAGCCCCUGUUGAUGGUGCUAGGGGUGGUGUGGGUGUCAUGCGGCGGAGGGAUAGCUAAGCAUAGCAGUUUUCCUUCAUCUCACUUCCCUCUCUCGCCCAUCCCUCCCCUCCCUCUGCGAGAGCCCCUGUUCCUGGUGCUGGUGGUGGUGUGGGUGUCAUGCGGCGCAAGGAAUAGAGGAAGCCAGCUCCUGUUCAUGGUGCUGGUGGUGGGGUGGGUGUCAUGCGGCGGAGUGAUAGCUCACCAUAGCAGCUAUCCUUCCUCUCCCUGCACCCUCUCUCCCAUCCCUCCCCCACCUCUUCCAGAGCCCAUGUUAAUGGUGCUGUUGUUGCUCUCCCCUUCCCUCCCGCCAUCCCAUUCUCUCCCUCCCUCCAUUUCUCUUCAGCCCUCCCCUUCUCUUCCGCCCUCCAUGUCUCUCCUGCCCUCCCCCUCUCCCCUGCCCUCCCCUUCUCUCCUGCCCUCCCCUUCUCUCCCGCCCUUCCCUGCUCUACUGCCCUCCAGCCAACCCUCCAUUCAUUCUAUACCGCCCUCCACUUCGUCCAUACCCUUUGGACAACCCCUAACCAUGUCGUGCAUGAUCUUCGUCCCCGCCUUGUUCUGCGUGCGCGCAGGAGGGAAUCAGCGGAUUGACCAGGGCUUGGCAAAGGUUAAGAAGACCGACUGGAACGUCUCGAACUCCCACCGGAAGAACACCGAGUGGAUGACGGGUUUGCACCGAAAUGUGCGGUGGAUUAUCAAGGACCACUUCACACGCCACACCCCCGUGUACAACACAGUCGUGCAGGGCUUCAAGUGGGGCGACCGUGGCCUGUAUGUUCACGAGUCAGGAUUUGAGGCGUUCAAGGGGACGGCCACGCCUGACGAGGAGAAGAAGGACUUGAAGGAGGAAGAGCAGGAGGUGUACGACGCGGAGGACUUGAAGACGGAUGACGAGGAGGAUGACGAGGAUCAGGAGGAGGACGAGGAGGAGGAGGAGGAGGAGGAGGAGGAGGAGGAGGAGGAGGAGGAGGAGGAGGAGGAGGAGGAGGAGGAGGAGGAGGAGGAGGAGGAGGAACAGUUCUUCUAUGGGACGGCCUUCACCGAUCGGUGGGGGGCCAUCCUCGCCUCCCCCAACGUCGCCGCCACUGCCGGUAUCUCCGCCACUGGCGGUAUCCCCAUUGUCGCCACCAGGGGGUCCCUCAGGACCGCCCUGAUUGCCGCCGACGUCGCCGCCUGGACCGCCUGUUUCUCCGCCAACGUCGCCGCCACUGCCGGUAUCUCCGCCACUGCUGGUGUCUCUGCCAGUGUCUCCGGGAUUGGCGAGUAG